AUGACCAUAAAAGGAGGCACAAAACAAGCUUGUGCCGCAUGUAAAUAUCUAAGGAGAAAAUGUGCCCUGGACUGCCCUCUUGCUCGGUACUUCCCAGCCAAUCAACAGAAGAUGUUUCUGAAUGCUCACCGCCUUUUUGGGGUGUCGAAUAUAGGGAGAAUCUUAAAAAAAGUUGAGGAUGAUAAGAGAGAUGAGGCUAUGAGAACCAUCAUUUUUGAGGCGAAUAUAAGGGCUAAGGAUCGUGUUCAUGGAUGUUGGGGGAUUAUUUGUCAUCUUCAACAUAUUAUACAAUCAGCCAUGGAUGAGGUUCGGUUGGUGAAGGCAGCAGUGGCAAAAUGCAGGGAGUUUAACCAAUAUCAAGUAGGUUCAAGUGGUAAUGUUGUUAAUUUGGGGCAAAAUAAUGAUUUGUAUGCAGAAAGCAAUGAAAAUUUUAUGAAGCAAAAUGAUUUAAGGGUUGAACAAGACCCUUUUUAUGAGGGUGCUGAAGAUUUUCCAAUGACAGUUCCCCAGGAUUAUGAUGAUAAUUUACCACCACCUGGUCUUGAUGAUGACAACAAAGAAACUUCAAGCAGUGAGGAAUCAAAGGAUGCUAUAUAA